CCUCAGGGCUCAGCUGCGCCGGGCGGCCCCGCUCCCCCCCGCCGCCAUGGGGCUGCGGGGGGCCGGGAUCGGGACCGGGACAGGGAUCGGGAUGGGGGCCGGGAUCGGGACGGGGACCGGGCCGGGCGCGCGGGCCUGGGCCUGCUUCGCCCUCAGCGAGCGCGGGGCGCUACGCGUGCGCGGCCCCGACGCCGAGCCCUUCCUGCUGGGGCUGCUGACCAAUGAGCUGCCGCGGCCGGACGCCCGCGCGCCGCGCGCACGCUACGCCCACUUCCUCAACGUGCAGGGCCGCAGCCUCUAUGACGUCAUCCUCUACAGGGUCCACGAGCGUCCGGAGGAGGAGCCUCACUUCCUGCUGGAGGGCGACCGGACCGUGCUGAGCGCGCUGCAGAAGCACCUGCUGGGCUACAGGAUCCGCAGGAAGGUGGCCGUCACCCCCUGCCCCGACCUCUCCCUGUGGGCCGUCCUGCCCGGGGGCGAGGCGGGGGGCGACGGGCCGCCCCCGCCCCCGCCCCCGCGGGCUCUGCUGUGGACCCCGGACCCCCGGGCCCCGUGCAUGGGCUGGAGGCUGCUCACCGGGGAGGAAGAGGCCGGCGCGGAGGUGAUGGCCGGAGCCCGGCUGGGCAGCGCCCGGGAGUACCGCGAGCACCGCUACCGGCACGGCAUCCCGGAGGGGGUGAGAGACCUUCCCCCCGGCGCGGCCCUGCCCCUGGAGUCGAACCUGGCCUUCCUGAACGGCGUCAGCUUCACCAAGGGCUGCUACGUGGGCCAGGAGCUGACGGCCCGCACCCACCACACGGGCGUCAUCCGCAAGCGCCUCUUCCCCGUGCGCCUGGAGGCGGCCCCGCCGCGCGGGGGGCUGCCGCCCGGGGCCCCCGUCCUCACCGGGGCCGGGAAGCCCGCCGGCAAGUUCCGGGCCGGGGAGGGCCGGCUGGGCCUGGCCCUGCUGCGGUCCGAAAGCAUCAGGGAAGCGCUCCACGUACCGCUGGGUGACGGCUCCCGCCUGGGCUUGACGCCUUCCGUGCCCGGCUGGUGGCCCCGGGCCGGCAAGUGACGCCGGGCGCGGCCAACCGGGAGUGCCGCGCCGUCACCGUGGGCACCGGCGGAUGGCCCCGGGUGAAGCCCCAGCUCCGCUUCCGACCCGCUGGCCGAUGCCCGCUUCAUCGAGCACCUGGAAAAAUCUGCUCUUUCGAGCCUUUUCGGGCCAGACCGGGCUUGCCGUCGCGAGCGGAGAAGUUGUCCCUUUGGCAAGUCGAAUGAAGAGCGAGUCGGGUGGGAGAGUUGAGCCUUGUACCUUCCCUGCUUAAUACAGUCUAAUAAAUUAAUAAAGAUGUACGUAUUUAUCUGUU